UAGCAGGGCUCUAAACUAACAUUUUUCACUGGUUGCACUGGUGCGCCUAACUUUUUUUCUUAGGUGCACCAGCACAAAAGUUAGGUGCACCCAAAUUGUCGACCAUAUCGCAUUCAACACUGCAGUUUUACAGGUUCACGUUUUUUAAAUAGCUGUCCAUGUAGGCAAUAUUGACUUGUAAAUGAUGAACUAAGAAUCUGGUCAACCUAAUGUUCUUUAUUUGAAUAUUUGCACAAGAAAGGUAAUUUCACUGAAACAUUUUGGUGAUUUAAGUGCUUCACUGAGCUGCAAUUUAAACUUAAAACAUCUGAAGAUAAAUGAAAUAAAAAGAAAAUCUAAAUUAAAAGUGCAAGUGUUUUAAACUGAAACUUCAAACUGAACAUCUCAUGGCUCCAGGUCUUAUGGACUAUCCUCAAUUGCAGUCACAUGCCCCUCUGAUGGCCAACUCAUGUAGUUUGGCCUUCUUGAUCUUUGUCAAUAGCCCGGGCUAUUAUUUGUUUUCUAUCACUGAACUUUCGAACAAAACUCUUGCUCAGCAACGAUGGGAAAUAGCCUACUAUCAAAUGCAUUAUUUAAACCAGUAUGAAUAUUACCGUAGGCCUAUAUGUUUACCAGGCAAUUGAAUAACGCCUGCACACACACACAGGCACGCACGCACGCACGCACGAACACGCAGAGUGGUAAUCGGGAGAGUUGGGAGAAUUCCCGGUGGCCCGUUAACGUUUCAGGCGGCGCCGGGUCAACGUCGCAACCAAUUCCGUUUUGUCUAGAGGGGAGUAACUGAGCGCCCCCUCCCGAAGUGGAACAGCCCAGGUCGGCCUUGAACUGCGAUUGGUCAGAAAGACGUAACAGCUAAUGACAACAUUGAACUCUCAUGCAGGCUCGAACAGAGUGACACACAAACACACACAUCGUUUUUCAUCCACUCCGUAUCCAGCUUAUUCCAUGCUUAAAGCACCCAGGCUACUAUGCGGCGAGCUGGGGCUCUCAUGUUCUCCCCUGCGGUGUAUACCUUGUCCGCAUCCCCUGCCAUCCAGUUGUCAUACGAUUCAUGCAGACUGGUUUUCAACGGCUGAUUCCAUGGAUGUAGCCUACUUUGCGUGUGCCGUGUUUUCCCGCCGAUGUGGCGAAGCUGUAUGGUUAUGCUGUUGAGAGCUUAAAUAAAUGCACGAUAUAAGUUGACUGAACAAUUAUUGAAGUUUAACAUUUUGUUCAGCAAAUUUGACAACUGACAGAUGCAAUAUUGUAGCCAGUGAAAAUCGCAAAAUUCUGACGAGCAUUCUUAAAUGAAGUAGAAUAAACAGGAAUAUCUGGACCACGGCCAAUCAGAGGGGGGUCCCGCUAUUCAUUAUCUCUGAUUGGAUUGGACCAUGAUAUGGGCCUUUCAGAGUCGCAGAGUUUUUUUCUUUUUGAACGGCUGGUUGCACCGGUGCGACCUCCGAUUUUUUUUAGUCGCACCAUUGAGAAAUUAGGUCGCAUGUGCGACCAAAUUGGUCGCACUUUAGAGCCCUGAUUAGGCUAAUGUAAUUCACUAAACAUGCUUCUCUUAUAUCUUCUUACAACUUGCACCUGGAAUACAUACAAGGUAAAAAAUUGAGUACUGAUCUUUCUUUGUUGUCUCUACGCAGGCCAGCUCAUCAAUUGCUUACAUUCAGCAGCUUCUCUCAAGGGAUGUUGCAUGCCAGACAGAAAACCUGGAAACGCAUAUUUGUAGGCACAAAGCUAUCCUUAAAGUCUAUUCAGCCCCAUUUUAAAAGUGAAGACUGCGAUGCCUUUAGAGACCGUAGCACUCAUCUCAACGCCACCUCAGAGAUUCUGGGUGUGGACGCCCCUGGCUCCUCCCACAUGUCCAGCCACAGCGAGGAGCUGAAGAUUCUGAGCGUCUACGGAAAAGGGGAGGGCCCUCUGGCGGUGGAGGACCAUGACACCCUCUUCACAGCGUCAGAAGUGGAGGCCCUGAACUCGCUGUCUGCGGACCACAGCGAGGCCAAGAGCCUGGAGCGCGGCGAGCGGCUGGUCUGCCGCGAGGAGCUGAGUGUGCAGCAGACCCCAGACACCAUUUCAAUCAAGAUUGAAGAGGAUAUUGGUGGAGGCAUUCCCGCUGUAGAAGACGGCAAUGACAUUAGAGACUGCAGCACACAGCGCGGUGCCACCUUGGGGAGACUGCGUGUGGACGCCCCUGGCUCCUCCCACAUGGCCAGUCACAACGGGGAGCUGCGGAUCCUGAGCGUCUAUGGAAAAGGGGAGGGCCCACUGGCGGUGGACGGCCAUAACACCCUCUUCACCACGUGGGAACUGGAGGCCUUGAGCUCGCUGUCGGCGGACUGCAGCGUGGCCAAGAGCCUGAACUGCAGCGUGCGGCUCGUCCGCCUUGAGGAACUGACUGGGCAUCGGGGUGGCCGCAAGGGCCGGCCCGGUGUCUUGUGUGGCAAGGUUUUUCCCAAUAAUGACAAUAUGAUCGUUCACAUGAGGACAAAAUCCGACGAGAAGUCGUACGGGUGCGACCAAUGCGCAAUGCGCUUCAGUCGGAAAGGCAAGCUGAAGAUCCACAUGAAGUCUCACACCGGAGAGAAGCCCUACAUGUGUGACCAAUGCACGAAGAGCUUCAGUCAUCGCUACCUGCUGAAGAUCCACAUGAGGACUCACACCGGCGAGAAGCCGUACGGGUGCGACCAAUGCAUGAAGAGCUUCAGUCAGAGCAGCUAUCUGAAGAUCCACAUGAGGACUCACACCGGGGCGAAGCCCUACCGGUGCGACCAAUGCACGAAGCGCUUCAGUCACAGCCUCUAUCUGAAGAGCCACAUGAGGACUCACACCGGGGAGAAGCCCUACAGCUGCGACCAAUGCACGAAGCGCUUCAGUGGGAAAGUAAACUUGGAGAUCCACAUGAGGACUCACACCGGGGAGAAGCCCUACAGGUGCGACCAAUGCACGAAGCGCUUCAGUGGGAAAGUAAACUUGGAGAUCCACAUGAGGACUCACACCGGAGAGAAGCCCUACAAGUGUGACCAUUGCGCAAAGUGCUUCAGACAAACAAGCGCCCUUCAGAGCCACAUUAGGACUCACACCGGGGAGAAGCCCUACAAGUGUGACCAUUGCGCAAAGCGCUUCAGACAGACAAGCCAGCUUAAGGGCCACGUGAGGACUCACACCGGGGAGAAGCCCUACAAGUGUGACCAUUGCGCAAAGCGCUUCAGACAGAUAAGCCAGCUUAAGUGCCACGUGAGGGCUCACACCGGGGAGAAGCCCUACAAGUGUGACCAUUGCGCAAAGGGCUUCGGACAUUCAAGCCAUCUUAAGAGCCACAUGAGGACUCACACCGGCGAGAUGCCCUACAAGUGUGACCAAUGCGCGAAGCGCUUCGGACAGACAAGCCAUCUUAAGAGCCACAUGUGGACUCACACCGGGGAGAAGCCCUACAAGUGUGACCAUUGCGCAAAGAGCUUCGGCCAGACAAGCCAUCUUAAGAGCCACAUGAGGACUCACACCGGCGAGAUGCCCUACAAGUGUGACCAAUGCGCAAAGCGCUUCAGAGAGUCAAGCCAGCUUAAGAGGCACAUGUGGACUCACACCGGCGAGAUGCCCUACAAGUGUGACCAAUGCGCAAAGCGCUUCGUACAGACAAGCCAGCUUAAGAGCCAUAUGUGGACUCACACCGGGGAGAAGCCCUACAAGUGUGACCAAUGCGCAAAGAGCUUCGAAAAGGCAAGCACCCUUCAGAUCCACAUGAGGAGUCACACCGGGGAGAAGCCCUACAAGUGUGAUCAAUGCGCAAAGCGCUUCAGACAGAGAGGCAGCCUGAAUGUCCACAUUAGGACUCACACCGGCGAGAAGCCUUACAAGUGUGACCAAUGCACGAAGCGCUUCAGUCACAGUUGCUAUCUGAAGAGCCACAUGAGGACUCACACCAGCGAGAAGCUCUACAUGUCUGAACAAAUGCACGAAGCUCUUCACUCAGAAAAGGCCCCUGGAGGACCACAUGUGUUAUGUAUUUUAAGCACAUAAGCUGCCCUCACAUAGCCAUUAGGAAGCAGGAUCGAACACACAAGCUGCAUUACCCUCACACAGCCACAAGGGAGCAGGAUCGAACACACAAGCUGUAACAUCUACCCCAGCUACAGAAGGCAGCAUCUUUAAGACAGACGCGGAAGCCGCAUCUAAGAGCUAGACCACGUCCACUUCACAUAGGCCGGAGCCAGAGGAGGUCAGAGACUCACAGGCGCCCCGCAGAGAGCCUCGGGCCUAAGCCCGGGGCUCGAAGUAUCUCACGGUAUUUCUCUCUACUAGUGUUGGAUACAAUUCCCACCCUUUUGCUUCAUAGUUACCGUACCGAAAUACUUAAACAAAUGAAGUGAGUUAAAAGCGACCCGUUUCGAAAAACUUUCAACAAGAGCACGACAAUUGCCACAUGAGGACUCACUCCGGGGAGAAGCCCUACAAGUUUGACCAAUGCGCGACGCGCUUCAUUCAUGGCUCCAAGCUGAAGAUCCACAUGAGGACUCACGCCGGUGAGAAGCCCUGCGUGUGUCUACUACCGCCCAGUGGCUCGAACACCUGUGAUCAUGAAAUGCUUUGAAAGGCUGGUCUUUCACCACAUCAAAGGUGAACUGAACUGAAAUAAUCAACAUCGAUAACGUUUUAGUUAUUAAAAUCGGCUCCGGGUAGACGGGACCUGAAAGACGCUGAAGAUAAACUUUGGGAGAUACACCCGCGGAUGAGCAUAGAUGCGAGGCGGAUUCACGAGUGUCACGUUUACUUUAGGUGGAUGUUAGAGGUUUACUUUCUGGUGGAUGUUGAUGGAUAUUGCACAGAUGGAUACUGCACAGAUAAAUCUUACUAUGAAACUACUUCUUCGAGUUUAACUCCCUCUGCAUCAUCAAUCGGGUAGUCGGCGAACAACAGGGUGAGUAGAAAGGGACCUUUGUGGAACUUCUGUUUACUUACCCGCCGUAGUUUAAUUAGCAGCUUGGAAACAUAGAUCUGUGAUAUCGUCUGAGUAAUAGCUUGUACACUUUAUGGUCUGAGUGCUAGCUUGUGGAGAUUGACAGUCAUGACGGGGGCUGAUUUACAUCGGAGGGUUAGUCAGUUUUAAGGCUGCCAGCCAUGUAUUAAGGGCUGGUUUCCUUUUCAAAGGUAGCCUGUGGAAAUGCAUGAUUACCCCAGCUGCCUUGGCCCUAUAUAAUUCAUUACUGCAGCCAGGGGCGAUGCAGUAUGAUCCUCCUGUAGACCUGGUUGUUUUAUUUUCCGUAGCCAUUUCAGAGAGCCUCAGAGCCUGACUCAUUAUCUGCUAUGGCUGCUAGAGCCACAGAGUAGGAGUAGGUUACCAUGCCAGUGACGUAGCUGAUUGUUGAAAUCCAACAUGGCAGCGCCCUGUAAAACUUUCACCCCUUCACCGUACAAUUUAAUCCCUUUUAGCAAGUUCAGCCCUUUUAUUUAUUGUACCAAUGACAAAGGCAGACAAUACAUCUGUUAUAUCAACUAAACUUCAAAUCUCAGUUCAGUUCAUCCUUAAAGCCCGCCUCCCCCCCAAAUGGAUCAAUGGAGGACGCCAUAGCCAUAGUUCUACAUUGUAUAAUGACAAAGUAUUCUAUUCUAUGUACAGGGUUUAUAUUAGGGAUGGGCAUUUGAAGAAAUUUCCUUAAUCGAGCAUCGCUAGAGUUAUCGAUCAAUUAUCGAUUAAUCAUUAACUUUUUUCUAGGCUAUAUUAGGGCUGCAGGAUAUAUCGGCUAUGUACGAUAUAUCGAUAUAAUUUCCAAGGGGAUACAAGAUUUGACAAUAUCGUUUAUAUCGAUAUGCGUUAAAAUGGUCCGUUUCCCGCUCAAGCGUCUACAGCGCUUGCCUUGGAGACUGUGAGCGCGACCCCUCCCCCUCUCACUCUGUCUUUCCGAACGUGCCGUGUGCAAAGACGCCUCAUUCCCACCCCCGCCGCCCCCUCACAACACAACAAGCAUGGAUGAUACCUGUAAAGAAAACGAGACGGCGGCGGGAGACGAAAUUGUUUCAAAGAGGAGAAACAACGGCUCUAUAAUGUGGAAAUAGUUUGGGUUUAAAAAAAACAGAUGAGCAGCAGCUGAAGGUCAUCUGUAGAGUGUAGCAAAACCGUUGCGACUAAAAGUGGAAGCACGACAAAUCUGUUCCACCAUUUACAGCAGCGGCACAAAGUGCAGUAUGAGGAAUGCGUAAAACUCUGUGGCUGUGCUGCUGCAUCACCGGCCGCGACAGCUUCUUCUGCCCCGAAACCAGGGCCGGCGAUCGGCAAAUGUGUUGGGGGCGCCCUCUGGUGACGCUCUUAAUUAAUUAAUUAAAAUAUACGAAACAAGCGAAAUGAAACCAAACAUGUUCCCAAAUGGAACGGAGAAGGGAGGGGGCAGGGGAUUAAAGUUACGGCGCACUGAAACCCUCACCGUAGUACGCAGGACAAUGCGACGAAGCCAAUGCUCUUAAUGGUAGCUAAUGUGUGUAACCUACAGCUUUAUAUUGUUUUGCAUAGGUGAUUAUUUUGUGAAGAAGGUGAAAAACAUCCCUUUUUUUUUUUUUACAUGUUCAUUGAAUUCUGUUCAAAAUAACGAUACAAAAUCACAUGUUGCAGUCAUAUGGACCUAUGUUUUAAUAUAAGUGCUUGCAACAUCUCACAUGUGGUUUUUGACUUGCAUAAAAAACAUCUAACCCACUCUAUAGAAAAUAUCGAGAUAUAUAUCGUAUAUCGCCAUUCAGCCAAAAAAUAUCGGGAUAUCAUAUUUUGCCCAUAUCGUGCAGCCCUAGGCUAUAUUGAAAUUCCCGUUGGUAGAAAAUGCAGCAUGUUUUUAUCAAUGAAAUCUUUAUUCCAACAAUAAUGUAUGGGCCAACAUUAAUACAAUACAGUUAACUUGAAGACCUACAACUGUUUAACAGUUUUAAAAUAAUAAAUACAGGCAUUAUAGUUUAUAGGCCUAUGCGGCGCUCGUAAAGUCCGAACAAUGCGCCUACAGGCGCUCUUACAGGUUUGGAAACUAUUCAACAAGACUAAAUCUGUAGCCUAUUCCAAUUACAAUAAGUAGCCAACUUAUCGGACAACAAUAAUCAAACAAAGGCAGUUGGCUAAAAGUGGGCAUUAAACGGUAUAACUGUUUUGAAAAAACGGGGGAAAAAAGGCCGACAUAUAAUGCCUAUAGGCUGCAGCCGGCGCGCGGAAAAGGCUCGCAACAAAAAGAAGAGCCACCCAUUUACAAACAAUUGCAUGAACUAGUCUAUCUAAAAGCAAUACCUUAUUGAACAUAUAUAAGGCUGAACUUGUUGCUAAAAUAUCACAGUUUUGGCAAAAUGUAACGACUCCAAGAGGCACCAAGCCGAAAGAAAAGCGGAGCGAGAGACAACACAUUAAGAGCGACUCACAUACGGUGGUGACUGUCCCUACUGUCCAUAGCAUAACUCCAGCCUACAUAUUUUUAUUUAGGAAUAUAAGCAUGUUAACAUGCUCGCGGGUCAGACGCGAACGCAGCCUUGUAACUGUCAGUCCAGCAGCAGAAAACACCCGCUCUGACGGGACCGAAGUUGCGGGGAUGCAGAGGUAUUGUCGCGCUAACUUUGACAGGAACCUUCUUCCAUUCACUUUCCACCAGUCGGCAGGGUGGUAUUUCUCCCACAUAGUGAUAUUCAAUUAAAUGCUUCAAGACUCACAGUAUGCAACACAACGUCCUUUUGAUCGAUAACAAUAUAAAUUGAUCGACGCAUUUCUUAACGAUCGAUUAUCGAGCAUCGAUUAAUUAUGCCCAUCCCUAGUUUAUAUCAUUUAUUUAUAAUUGUAUAUAUUAAACUUGCGCUUGAUAUUUUGACACUGUCAUUACCUCUACCUUUGUUAUUAGAAAAAGCCUGCAAAGUUCACUUGUGAAAUAGACUGCAAUUAAACCCCACAUUAUACAUGAUUGUGUUCGUUUCACUUACCUUUUGGCAUGUCCUUAAUGCCAACCAUCUCUUGUUUUGACUUUCUAAUUGCUGUCUUUCUACUGCCAUUGUUUUCUAGUUCAUACCUUGUAUCACAAUAUGCGGUUAAUUUCUUUCAGAUCUCAACAGAAAAUUAUUAGAAUUUAACGUUUUCUAUCGAUUCUAUGGUGGUUGAUACCCUUCAGACCCGUUCACCCUAAAACUACUUACAGUACAUAGAUGCAUGUGAUUCAAGGAGUAAGUAGGGGUAAGACAGUGAAUAAGGAUGUGAUUUAGCAGUAGGUAGGGAUAAGACGGUGAAUAAGGAUACAUGUGAUGAAGCAGUAGGUAGGGGUUACACAGUGAAUAAAGCUCCAUGUGAUUAAGCAGCAGGUAGGGGUUAGACAGUGAAUACAGAUAACUGGUAAUAGUAUGGAAGAAAUUAACUCUACAUUUUAUGAUAAACUAUGAUUAUUAUUAGGCCUAUACAUCAUAUAGAUGCUUUAAUGGUGGAAGGUAGCUGAUCACCUCUCCUCUAUAAGUUGGGUUUGACACGGCGCCAGGGAGCAAGUUCACUCUGUUCCUAUCUUGUGUGCUUUUUGAAAAGUAUGCUGACAUGCACACAUGUACACCAUCGUUCUGUAUGCAUAGUGGUUAAUGUAUGUUCAAGGGUAAAGCUGUGACCUGGAAACAUAUGUUAUGUAAAUCAACAUUUUAUGUAAGUCUGACCUCGUAUUAUGUAAGGAUUGGGUAUAUAAGGAGCAGGACGAGAAUCAUUCUGGAGUGUCUUUGCAAACCUCACUCGGCUUUGUUGUUGCUUGUUUGCGGGUAACAAUAAAGUCUCUGUCAAUACUUGAUCCGGACUCCCCGAUUCUGCAUGUUAUUUUAAGUUAGUUGAAGUGAUAGAACUCGGUUAUAGUUUCUACCACAAUAGGUAGGGUUUAGACUGUGAAUAAGGAUAUAUGUGGUAACGGGUAGGGAUUUGACAGUGAAUAAGGAUAUAUGUGGUAACAGGUAGGGGUAGGCAUCUUGAUCUAAAGGGUGCUAAACGUUAGGCUGCAGUUUGGGGAUCAAACUGUUAGGUAUUUUAAGCACAUAAGCUGCCCCAACAUAGCCACUAGGAGGCAGGAUCGAACACACAAGCUGCAUUACCCCAACACGGCCACAAGGGAGCAGGAUCGAACACACAAGCUGUAUCUGCCCCAGCUACAGAAGGCAGCAUCUUUAAGACAGACACGGAAGCCGCAGCUAAGACGUCACAUAGACCACGCCCACCUCACACAGGCCACGCCCACUUGGCCCAUUCCCAGCGCCCAAAGGAGGUCAGAAUCAUAGGGGACCAGCAGAGAGCCACGGGCCUAAGCCCGGGGCGGGGCUCGAAGUAGCUCACUGUAUUUCUCUCUCACGCGUUAGAUACAAUUCCCUCCCUUUUGCUUCAUAGUUACCAUACGGAAAUACUUCAACAAAUAAAGUGAGUUAAAAGCGACCCGUAUCGAACUCACUGAUUCUUGAGAGUCGGGACAAAACAUGUCCUACAUAGAAAAGUCUUAAUUUAUAUCAAAAAUGAAGAAAUUCAUCAUGAUUGACAUACGUAUAAAGUUAAAUCUAAAGGAAUUGUAUAUACCUAUGCGAUUUUUAGAAUAUACUUUUUAUCUUUUUUGGGAAAAUUUGUUUAAAUGUAUGGUCUGUGGUUAGAAGGUCAACGUUAUUGCACUUGUCCUCAGCAAGAGGUAGCAAUGUUGACCAUCCCAAAAAACUUUAAAAAAGCUCUACAAUUGUGAAAACAUAGAUAUCAAAUAAAAAAGAAGGGGUAUAAAUAUAAAAAAAACAAUGCAUGAAGUGAACGUCAAGCAAUAUUUUCCAUAGAAAUCUGCCUAUCAAAGUUGUGUCCUCAGUUUCUGUCAACUCCAUCAGAUUUUCUCAUAGGCCACAAUAAAUCAGGAAAUAGCAUGGUCAGCUAUAUCCCUGAGGACCCCUUUUCAUCUCCCUGCCUGUGGUGAAUGCAACAAUACCACACAUGCUCUGGUACGUUAUACAUUUUUUGAUAUUUUAGACAAUCAAUGUCAAGAUUCCUAUGGUCACAGCUGGACCAUGUCAAUACAAUCUUUCUGUUAAGAUUCUUUAUUUCAACCAUAGAGGAUUGAAUUUAAGCAUUUUGGUGUGGUUAUUGGGACACUUAGCAACUGAGGAAAAACUCGCUAGCUGCAGUGUACAAUACAUGUUUUGGAGGGAAAAUACAUGCCCUUACGUCAACUCCGUCAGACGUCAAAUCCGUCAGGAUUUAUGCUUUUAGUUUUUCUUUUCAUCCCGAUUAAACGCUUUCUACUUUUGAUUCGCUUUCUGUUUUUAUUAAUUGAUGUCUGUGUUGAAUAACUUAUUUCUAGGGCACUUCUGACAGCAAAAUAUUUGAUUUAAUGUAGAGCUUGAUCAGGGGAAGAUACAGGCAGCAAAGUUGCCAAGCAUACAGUCAAUGAGACGAUGGGUGUACAUGAUUCUUAUAGGAAACGUUCACAUCGUGGGUAAAUACAAAGGAAACAAAGGUCAGGGGGAGGGGCCUUCGUGGAGUUUAGGAUUGGCCAGAGGAGAGACCAAGUUAAAUUGCAAUUCACAAUAUGGGUGGAGUGGACAUGGCUGCAAGACAGUUAAAGGAAUCUACACAACAAAGAAGUCUGGAUUGCCCUCAGUAUCAAACUUGGUGCCCACAGUUUCAAAUGCAAAACUAUCUCAACACCUUUCAAUUAGAGAGGGCGGGAGGUAUCUCUAGGUCUAUGGAGAAUGGAUAGAAAUUCAUUGAAAUUGACUAAUUAUUCACACAGGGUUCAUAUAAUUUGUGUAUUAAAGUCUGCUUGAUAUUACCACAACACUGUCAUUACCGUUAUCUUUUAUUACAAAAAGCCUGCAAAGUUCACUUGUGAAAUAGACUGCUUUUGAACCCCACAUUAUACAUGAUUGUGUUAAUUCCACUUGCCUUUCCAUUCUGUGCGCUUAAUGCUAACUACCUUGGAUGGAUUGUCUCAUAAUAGGCGAUAAUGGUUGAAGAUGAUCCAUUUUAAAAGGUCCCUGGUUAAAUGUCUAGAUCUCAGUGAUGCUCAGUUUAAGCCGGUCCUCCCUCUAGAAUGCAGCAUUAUUCUAACGGGACAAAGUCAGAAGAUUCCUAGCAUUGGUCCCCCUUCACUCCCUGUUUGCAGCGGCGGCUGGUGAUCCAAUUCGUGGGUGGGGUGCAGUAA